AUGACGUCCAAGGAGGAUAUCGAAGAGUUAGAGUUAGAUGAGAAUCAAUUGACAGCUGACACUGGCGAGCUUUACUUGUUUCAGUGGUUGUCGAAUCUGGAGAAAAGACUCAAGGAAUGUGAACACCGUGAAACCCUCAAAGAGUCGCAAGCUUCAUUAGAAGCCACGCUACUGAAAGUGCUUAUACCUUCAGAGCCGUACCCUUCUCCUGGUCGGCCGCUGCGCAACCUAGCUGCCAGAUGUCUCUUAAUCAUGUAUCAUCGCGGAGAAUCCAGGUCAUUGUUUGACACUCUAAGGGCGUUGCUCAAGCCGGCCUCUGACAUCAAAGCCACGGAUAAGGAGCCAGCUAGAAUCGCUGCACUAUGGACCGUUGGAGAGUUGAUGGAGGCCUUUGGUUCCCAGUUCAUGUCCUUCAUGGCUGAAACCGCCACUAUCGGAAUAAAAACAUUCAAGUCAUCUGCGUCGCCGCACGUCCGAUAUCAUGCGCUCACCAUGCUUCGGAAAACCCUGGUUUCAGCCAAGAAGGCUUUGAGCGACUCUCUCGCGAAGGACAUAAUCAAGCAAAUGAAGAACGGUUUAACUGAUAAAGCUCUCCCUGUCCAACGAGCUGCUGCUGCUGUCUUGGGGAUCAUGUAUACCCCCGAGGACUCCGUCACGCUCACAGAUGUGGAGUCGAUUAUGACUAUUUGCGUUAAAAGUCUCGAGAACGGUGACCAGGUGACGACGCAAGCACUGGCGCAGCUAGUGGGACAUAUGCUCGCGGCGACUCAAAUGGAACGUGUAGUGGCAGUCGCAGAGCAGUCACAAAAAGGCAAGAAGGAACAUGAAGACUCUGAUAUCUCUACUCCUGCACAUGUCGCAGCCGAAAACACCAAAGUCCUCUUGACGCCAGGAGAUAUGCUAUCACAUAUCUCCGCCCAAUUUAACAGAUCUCACAGCCGAAAAACUCGUGCCGGAAUUUUUAUGUUUUACAUCGCGCUGCUGGCGAAACUUGGACCAGCGUUUGUGGAAGUCAAUUAUUCUCUACUUGUUGGUCACCUCAUGACCGAGAUCGUCUCCAAUCCCAGGAAUGGAGCUACGAGAUACGACAAACUCUUCAUUCGGAAGCUAGUCGGCACUCUUUUACGAGAACUAAUCGCAUUACGAAUGCUGACCGAGCAGGGUCAAAUAACUGCAAUUCAGGAGCUUUCUUCAUCAUACUUGAAACGAUGGCCAGCAUUGAUGCCAGGUCAGGUGGCCCCAUCUUCAGCUAUUCUGACAAUAGCACUGGAAGAGGUUGCAGGUCUGUUGCAACAACUGGGCAACGCGCCUCCGCCAGUUCAGGACGCUGUCUCUGCACCAUUGAUGACGCUGCUCACGCAUCCAAGCCACUCGGUUCGUGUCAAUGCGAGCUGGACCCUCCGAUGCUUCUGCUAUUCUACCCCGCUCCGUCUGCCGAAGUCAAUACUGGUGAUCGCGGAGUCUCUACAACGCGACAUCGAAUCCCUUCAAUCUCCUGCAGCUCCAUCAGACAUUGAUCGCAGAACCCUGGGCCACGCUUAUGGUUUGGCAGCCCUUGUCGCCAUUGUGCCUCACCGCCCCCUAUACGUGUCCUUUGACGUCUCAGCCAGCGUUCUUGACACUGCCACUCAGCUCCUCAAGCGCGUUAGUGACCAUGAUGUUCAUGUCGCAGGAGUAGAGGUUGAAGUGGCCUGGACUUUGAUUGCAUCGUUGAUGCUGCUUGGACCAAAUUUUGUCCGGUCACAUCUACCUCAGCUGUUGGUUCUUUGGCGUAAUGCAUUACCGAAAUCCACCGCGAAAGACAACGCUUUGGGUCGGUCAGCUGCCGAGUGGAAGUUUCUCCUGCAUGUCCGCGAAAGUGCACUUGGGGCAAUCCUCUGUUUUUUGCUUCACAAUAGCCAACUCACCACUCUUGACGUCGCCCGGAGAGUCUCAUCUCUACUGGGAAAUGCCCUCUCGUUUUCAAAUGCGUUCUUGUCGCAGACUAUUGAAGAGGUUUCCGGGCCUUCUGCCAAUCAAGAUACUGGCCCGUCUCUUCGAACUCGCGAAGCGUCUCUUCGGCGUAGGGUAUACCAGUGCUUCACCGCUCUUGGAGCUUCCACUUUAACGGAUUCUGUCCAAGCAAGCUUAUUGCAAUCCGUCCUUACUGUUUUUGCGGGUCCCGAGAUCGACAACAUAUCCGCGAUGCAAGCCUCCAUUGCGUCUACCUCUGGCAGCUUCACUUCAAUCUGGCAGAUCACAGAUGGUUAUGCAUAUGGACUCACUACGCUCGAAAUAUCUGAAGACGGGGCCGACGAAAAUACAGCGUCUGAAGGUCCUCGCCGAGGCCACAGCAACAGCGAUAGCAUGGAGUACUCAAUAAGCGCCCUGCUACGCAAGCCGAUACUGGGAGCUUGUGAGCACGAUACGCUCUCUCUUGUUAUGAUAAACCCAUUAGAAGAGGAAAGCCGGCCUUUCAAUGCGCCACCGGCUGUGUCGUCAGUCUGUGACGCCGCUAUCGAACUAUUCUCUCAGUUGCUGCCAGCACAGGACCUAAGCACCACUCUGCGCACGAUCAAUCAUUUGAUAGAGUCCAGUCGUUCUCCGAAGCUUGACAAGAACGCUGGGAGGAGGGCCGCUGUAAUGGUUAAUAGUGUUGUGGCCAUCGUACGGACGCUGCGUGUCUCCAUGAUCUCGCAUCAUCGUCAAGUUAAGGAUACCCUUGGGCACUCUCAAGUCACUUCAGCUCUCGGAGCAUUCUUGAAAGAUGCUCUUGUGGAUGGUGACCCCGUAUUAAGAUCUGCUAGCAGCGAGGCCAUUGGACGCCUUGCCAAUAUAUCUGGAAGCUCUUUUUUGACCAGCCAAACCAAGGUAUUGGUCGAUCACAUUGUAUGCAACCGCGAUCCCCAAGGACGAGCUGGCUGUGCGCUUGCGUUCGGAUCUCUAUACGGCCAUGUCGGUGGACUUGCGGCAGCGCCCAUUUUAAAAACAACCGUAAACCUUCUGAUGUCCUUGAGCAAUGAUUCUCAUCCGUUGGUUCACUUCUGGUCCCUCCGUGCACUGGGACAUGUCAUCAAUGCCGCCAGCUUGGCCUUCGCUCCAUUCGUGUCAAGCACCCUAGGAAUGCUGCUCAAAAUAUACCUGUCAGACACUCACGAGGCCGAGGGAGGAACAUUGAAUAACGCUAAUAUCGGUGGUGACUUGCAAGCUUAUCCACUUGUCUGCUCCAUUCUGGAUGCGAUCAUCACCAUUCUCGGCCCUGAUAUUCACGACUCUCCGCGGACGAGGACAAUUGUACUUGACCUUGUUCACGAAUUUUCAGUGGAAGUUGACGAACCCAUUUUAGUGGAAGCCAUAAGGUGUAUCCAGCAUCUCCUCAUGUUUGCUCCCGAGCAUGUGGACGUCCCGGAGAUCGUGAAUCGAUUCAGAAGACACCUCAAUUCACCGAGACGAUGCCUCAAACUCGCAGCAAUUGAUGCCCUUUAUCAGUUGGUUCAGAAGGACGCUUUAGCAAUGUCCCGAUUAGGUGGAGAUCGCCUUGUGGAAGAUUUGUUCGGAAUGCUGGACGGCGACCCGUCCAUUGAUGGAGUCAGAAACGUGAUUUCGAGCUGGCUCCUUCAGACAGCGAUCCACAAUCCAUCCGCGUGGAUUGACCUUUGCCAGAGGAUUAUGUUGCGCAUCAAUGCGUCCCAGAAAGUCGUCGAUACAGCCAACAGUCUGAUGGACGACGAGGGUCAAUCAUUGAGUGCAUCCAUGUCAAACGAUGACGCAAGGCAGGGCAGCGCGGCUAUGGUUGCUACAUCACGCUGGAGGACGCAACUAUUUGCACUGCGAUGCUUACACGACAUCUGCACCCUAGUUGCGCGCUAUGGACGCAGAGAGCACCUCGACAUACCCUUCGCUCGUAGCAAUGGCAUUCCAGUGAACGGCCUCCUUGUGUCUCGUGUUCCUGAUUUGAUCAAAAUGGCAUUCACAGCGUCUGCGGCAUAUGUCACAGAGAUACGACUAGAAGGCUUAGUUGUACUACGCGAUGUCAUCCAGGUAUUUUGCCAGGCCCCGGACCCUGACUAUCCAGAUGCUCUUCUGCUUGAGCAACAUCAAGCACCUAUCACAGCUGCACUUACUCCCGCAUUUUCCCCGGAUUCCACUCCUGAAAUUCUGUCUUCUGCUAUCGAUGCCUGCGCAGUAUUUGUUGGCUGCGGCGUCGUCAAAGAUGUAAGCCGGAUGGGGAGAAUUCUCAAACAACUCACGACUGCACUUGGAGAGGUUGAUGAAUCUGGCAACUUGACUAUGGGUAAUUUUGUGGACUUGAGCCCGAAUGCAUCAGGCAUGCUGAGGGUAUCUAUCCUCUCCGCGUGGGCUCGUCUGGAAAUUGCUAGUUCUGAGCAGACGUACCUUCUGGAUGUCAUCAAGCCAUACAGACCAAUCUUGGCACCGCAAUGGAUUGCGUGCCUUCGCGAUUACGCUGUCAUCCGGGCAGAUUCCGAAUUCAUACAUGAUGCCUCAGCGGUGGCUUUAGACCCGUCGUAUGCAAGCCUUGGAAAAGUAGUUCUGCUGCCAUACUACACCUCUUCUUGGGCCACGAUCCUACAAGCUGUCGCGAAUGCCAUGAACCACUCCGAUCAACACAUGUCAGCUGCUAUCCUUGGAAAGGAUGUGGGGUCUGUUAAUAGUGUCGGCUCCGCAGCGGAAGGACCAGCGCCCCUUUUCUUCCCCCUCUUUGGCCUUAUAUAUGAAGCACUCGCGACGUCCUCGCCAGACGCCACCAGCUCACGCGUUGGGACAAUGAUUGCCUGCCUGGGGGCACUGAAAUGCCUUGUCGAUCCUCGCUAUUCAGGGAAAGCUCUCCUGGAGCCUACUGUUUUUAAAGAAUUCAUGAGUCUCAGUCAUCGAAUGACUAUGACAGAAUCUGCAGGGGUACUUGUUCACCUGAUCAAUGUUCUGACCUCUUUUGCCAAACACUUUGGCCAAUAUGAACUCGGAAGUGACCUCAACAGCAAUGGGAGUCAGAGCAACGCAGCCAUUCCUCCGCGUUCAGUUCGCACUCAUUGUCUCAAGAUCUUCGCCUAUACCCUUCGACACUCUCACCAUAAUUCAGGAACAUCGUCGAUUCAAGGUGAUCUGUCUGAUAUUGCAAAGAUGAUUUCUGGCUCCCUGAGUGCUUUCUACCUCAUUGCCUCGACCACAGAAUCUGUUGUUCGGGAAGAUGUACGAGGAGUAGGCUGCAUGCUCUAUGGCGAGCUGUUGAAAGACGAAACAUCGGAAGCGGAUUUGACAACUCCCACCCUUCCGGGUUUCAGAUCCUUGUUGGCCCUUCCGUGCCAUCCUAGUGACCGCGCACGUUACGGGAAGCUUAUUCAUGGCUUGUUGUCUUCAUGUCUACUGAACGUGGACGAAAUGAGGGGGCGCGAAGGUUCAAUUUCGUCGAGAAAAGUCAAAACUAACCUUCUGGCGGCGGUGCUAAUCUUGACCGUCAUUCCUAUACAAGUGGCAGUUUCCCGUGAUGUGGUGGAGCACCUGUUCUUCCUUAUAUCUCAAAAACUUGAAGAAGGCGAUGAGAUGGCUAUUGUUGCUGUUCACUGCGCCAAAACCCUUAUAUUCGCUGCGUCUGGAAGCGAACUGCUUCGAGCCUGCGUUCGGCUGCUCCUUCCCGCACUUAUCCAAUAUAUCGCCAAAAUGGUACCUCGAGUGGAUGACGGAACAGUAUCAGAGCAACAAGCCAUUUCGAUAGAAGAGGUUUGGAAAACAUUUGCAACACUCGUUUCGCUUGCUAAGGACGAACAACGUUCCCGCCUCUUGAGCGUCCUGCUACCAACAACCACGUUGCUUCUACGUCCAUCUCAGACCCCUCCAUCGACGAUACACUCCAGUGGCAUAGCACACUUACUUUCCCUCGCAGCUAGCUCGCCCGCAUCCUUCAAGGAGGCCACUACUCAGCUGGAUCCCUCUGUGCGGGAAGUACUCGAGAUGUCAAUCCGGAAGGCUGUAGAAGGUACAGCGGCCACGGUACAGAACGUCAAGCCGCAGAUCUCUUUAAGAUCGUUUUAA